CAGCAUCAAAUGCAUAUAUUCACAGCUCCCAACCAGUGUUCAUAACACAAAAUCUACUGGAACCAUAUCUCUUGGUUAUUUUUAGUCCAAUAGCACGAGGAUGUUCCAUCAAAGCCAUACUACUGGGCCUAACACACUGUACGGACUAACUAAGCCACCUUUCUCAGCAUCGCUAACUUCGGACUGUUUAUAACCAAAAUAUUGAUUUCACCAGCUUCACCACAAGAGAGGAUUAAUGCAUUACAAACAGUAGUAUCUGGUGGGACUAACUUUUGAACAGAUAGAACUAACCAAGCAAACAAGACAACAAUUUAGACUACAGUAAAUGCAGGAAUAUUUCAUUCCGGUAUGAGGAGGAUCUUCAGUAGAGUAUGGAGGGAUACAAUCUACUAGCUCAUGUCUGGAUAUAGAUGCAGUGGAACUUAGUGCACCGUGUAUAUCUUCUGUGGAGCGUCUCUUCCCUUAGUGCACCGUGUAUAUCUUCUGUGGAGCGUCUCUUCCCUGGCGUAAUCUUAUCUACUUGGUAAGAUAUGGAUAGCAACUACGUCCCACCUCAGGUGUAUUAUGAAAGACCUCAGGGACAGGGCUUUCAGCAUAUUCCCCCACCCCCAAGAUCCAACAGACGCACAGAGCAGCGCUAUCGAACAUUUGGUGAAUACUCUAACCACAGUGACUCAAAUAUAGGAGCCUAUUAUGGGCCACCAGGAGCUUGGCCCCAUAGCCCCCAGGAUAGGGCUCCUCCUCAUGGAACAGUUUUGCAGCCUCGAGAUCAAAAUAAUAGACCAGAGAUACCAAUGAGAAGGGUAAACUCAUUAGAUGAAAAGAAGCCCCAUGAACAAAGCACUGAUAGUGAUGAUGAGCUGAGGCGAACUCAGAGGAAAGCCAAAAAGAAGAAUGGUCACAGCAGAGGCAGGUCAAGUGGUAGGAGAUCCGAUAGCAAUAGUAACAUCAGUGUUGGUUCAGCACCUCAACAACAGAGGCCAUACCAGCCACAUAUGGGGGAGAUUCAGAUGAGACAACAGGGGCCGAGGCAGCGGUACCACCAUCAUAGGCUAAGUGCACCUGACCUUGAACAUUAUACACCUCUAAACACAAGGCAUGGUCAAGGUUCAAGUCCACGCAAUGAAGGUCAUUACCAGAGAUACCAAGAUCAUCAAAGACAGAGAUGGGAGAUAGACCAGAUGGGAACACCACCUUUUUAUCAAGAUGUUUACUAUUCAAAUCAGUACUUACCACAAAGAAAUCCUCCACCACAACAACCACAAGGCUAUUUCAACAACCCUCAUGUGCCAAUGUAUAACCCUCCAGGUCCUCCAUCUACGGGAUAUGUACCACCAGAUCCAAGCGCCUUUCAACAUCCUUAUGGCCCAUAUAAUGAGCCAGAUUUCAGACCAGCUCCAAUGAAACCCCCGCGUAAUAAUGCACCCCCUGCAGAACCAGCCAGAGUUCCCCCAGCACAUGAUCCUGGACAUUUGAGCAAUCCAGAUACAAGUGAUUCUAGUUAUUUCUCACAUGAAAGCUACUCUAGCCCAACUCCCCAAGUAGAAAAGAGCCAGCAUGGUACAGAUCAAGCACAAAAUUACCAUGGCAAUGUCAUGAGACAUGCCCAAGACAUAAACUAUGCGCAGCAUCUUGGUUAUCGAGUUGACGAACAAAGGCAGCCACCACCAGUACACAAGCAAGAUGCCAGUGAUAUAUAUGCAGUGCCAUUUAAACCACAACAAGAAACACAGCCAGCUUUUGCCCAUUCAAAACACCCUCUUGCCCCCAUAAACCACCCUGUGUCCCCAUUGCUGCACCCCCAAUCUCCAACCCAAUAUCCUGUAUCUCCUACACAAUUGUCUCCAGGGGAAAAAGGCCCAGAGUACAAGCGCCAAAGCUCAUAUGAUGCUUACAUCCCAAAUAGGGACUUUGACACCAGAGAAGAUGACGACAAAUGGGAAAGAGAACGAGCACUUCAAAGGUCCCAGCAAUUCAUCAAUAGUCCAACAUCUCCAAAGUCUCCAAAGUGGGAAAAUAAACCAAAUAUUUCGACAAACUCUCCUGUACAACCUAAAAGUCAAGGAUUUGGUUUCAAAGGCCAAGAGCGGGUAGAUCUUCCAAUUCAUCACUAUAGACAACGCAGUGUAAGCAUCGAAGACUACAAAGCACCCCUUAUAAUGCCUCACAGAGACAAAAGUACUGGGCCAACAUCACCUUAUAAACCACCAUAUGACAACCAUUUUAGACCCCUAAAUACAGAAUCUUCGGAAUUGGGCCUAUUCUAUCAAACACAACCCCAAAUAGAAGAGGAUUUCAAGCCAAUCAUAGAUGGUUACAGAGACUAUAAAGAAAGAAAUAGGCGGCAAAAACAACAGCCCAGUAAAUCAGAUGGAGAUGACAAUGAACUUAUGAGAAAAUUCACCAGAAUACGAAAAGUAGAUGAUAAUAACACUGAAAUAGCCCUGAGUAUGGGAAUAAAAGAGGAAAAAUAUGGUGGUGAAACCAAAUCUGUGUGGUCAGAGUUCAAGAAGAAAGAAAAAAGAGAAAGAAGUGUAAGUGACGCACAUCCAGAAUUAAUUGACAAACUCACAAAAGUUAAAACGGCCUUAGAAAAGAGAACAGACCAAGAUGAUGAUGAAAUCCCUGAUCCCAUACUUGAAGAAGCAAAACUAAAAGCUAAAUCAAUUAAUGAACCAAAGCCUGAGUGGAUGGGCUUCAAAAGUAAAUUAAAACCAGUGUCGUCACCUUACAAAGAUGAACUUGAAGAAAGUGCAGAAGAAGAGAUGGUUAAUAAGAUUCCAGAGACAAAAGCAUCUGAGAUUAAAUUGGAGAGAGGAAGAUCUAGAUCUGCCUUUAGUAGCGUUCAACCAUCCAGAUCAAUCCAAAGUAUCCCAACCAUAAAAACAGAGAGGAAUGAUAAACCUAUAAGUAGAAGUCUUAUACGUGAAAGAGACAGGUCACCAAUUGGUCCAAGAAUUAAUGCAAGAAAUUAUCAAGAAACUGCAAGGUCCAAAAAUGAGAAGCCCAGAACUGAAACAACUACUCACACAAAAGUUGUUAUUUCUCCAAAAACUCAAACAGAAUUGAAUAAGAAGGAAGCACCAAAAAUUUCUAUUGUGAGACGUGAACCAAGUCCAGUUAGAAAACCGGACCCAAAUAGUAAUCUAAUCUUACAUAAGAUUGGAAAUACACAAGUAUGGCCAAAAACUGGAGAGAUUAAAGAACAAAAAAGAACACAAGAAGUGAAAAGAUCAUCCUCCGUGUCACCAUCUGUCAAUACAAAAUUAAACCAAACAUCAAGCUCUACAACAGUACUUCCAAAGGUUAAAUAUGUCAUACCAAGGCCAAAUUCACCACCUAGAUCAGACCCAAAGGUUGGGAUUUCUAGUUCUCCAAGAGCUUCACCAAAACCAAGACAAACACCUGCUCAGCCAACCAUAGCUGAGCCUUCAAAUAAUCAGCCAAUAAAGACACAGGGAAGAUUGCAAACAGUAAAGCCUUCACAAGAACCACAGAGCCCAUUCUUAAGUGUACCAAAAAGGAAAGAUGAAGAUUUUAUGGACUCUGAUACAGAAUUUGAUGCCAUUUUGAAGUACAAUGAAGCUUAUGACCCGAAGAAAAGGAGAGAGAAGGCAUGGGCUGAAAACCCUGUAUUUAAUGGAACAAAUAUCAUCAGUUCAACAGAGUCAGCAACGUUUACAAUCAAUAUGACUGGUUCAAGCAAAACAACACAAUGUAUUCAACCAACUAGUAGCCACCAACCAGCAUCAAGUUCAACAACAAGAUCUGAAUUUCAAAGUCAAGUACAAAAACCAUCUAGUCUUAAUGUACAAGAAACAGUUAUCACAAACAAUGCCUUUUCGAAUUCAUCUCCUCUGACACGAAGAAGAGUUAUCAACAUCACACCACAGUCACAGAGUGCACCAGGGACUCCAGAGAAGGACGCUUCAAUAGCUAAGGGUCUUGCUAGAGAAGAGCUAACCAAGGGACUGUCUAAUUUGAUGAUGAGACCAACACAACCAGUGCCGGUUCAAUCUUUUAUCAUUUCAAAACAAGAAAAUCAAAGUACAUUUCAACCAAAACAAGAAAGUCAAAGUACCUAUCAACCUAAACCAAUUUCCCAUGUCCCGAAUAGUCAACCCCAACCCUAUGUUUCUAAACCUCCAAUGUCUCCAGCCCUCAAACCUGCAUCCCAAUAUAGUAAACCUUUAGCUCCUAGAUCCGCAUUCUCCCCUGUCCAACCCUCAACAGUGGCUCCACUAAAACCCCCAAGAAUGAGGCCAGCUGAUGCAUCAGCUGCUGAUGAUAGUGAUCAUGAGAUACCAUCAGUUGACAUCACCAAGAUCAAAGAAAAUCUAUUCCAGCCAAAAGAGGGGACAUCUGGGUCGAGGUCAACAGAAGAUCUGAGGGAAUGGAACCAGGACUUGAAAGACAAAGUUCCAAGGAUAAGAGACAACAUGUUUGGUAAGGUUCCCCAGGAAGAUAUUAAAAAUUUUCUUACUCCUUUACGUAAGUCAACUUCAACCCCAACUAUUGAGCCAUAUGCUGAUGCUCCAGUUCAUUGUGUAUCUGAAACUCAUGAGAGAAAGAAAAGUCAGAUUAAUGACAUAAUUACAGAAUUGGAAAAUAUUUACAAUGACCUGGACUUGGAUAAUGAAAGGAUUAUUGAUGGUGCAGAAAGAAGGGAUUAUCCACCAAUAUCUCCAAGACAUGGAGAUCAUAAUGACUCUAAAGGACUUUCUGAGACACUACUUCGUAAUCAUGACCGUCUGAGAAAGGACACAAGCAGCCCUCAAGCCAGUUUUGAAUAUACCAAGUCAUGGUUGGCCAACGAAAACCACUCAUUUAGUAAGGUACAAAAUGAUAAUGUUUUUCAUGGGAAAGACUCAGCUUCUGAAACCUAUGAAGGCCCUAGUUACUCUCCCCGCCCUUUAUCUUAUAGCUCUACUAGUGAUGUUCACAGACAUGUGCCAUUAAGGCGCUCUGCUGUGCCUAACAAACUUAAAGAUGAUGUUGCUUAUCGAAAACACCGUUCUAAAUCUGCUCCUAACAAACCACUUGUAGAAGUAGCCACCAUGAGUUAUUUAUCUUGUUCGCCUGCACUAACCCCCGCUGCUUCUAUGGAUAGCAUUUCUCACCGCUCCCUCCAACGCUCUCACUCACAUGCUCCUGACAUUCUCUCUGAUGAUGUCUCAUACAGGCAGAUGAAACGCUCACUUUCUUCAACUAGUCUAGAUGCACCUGAAGAUGUGAAAGCACAACCAUCACCAACCACCGCUGAUUAUCUUCUUCAUAGAUAUCAACCGAGACGAAGGAUGCUUUUGAGACCAGAACGUAAAGCAGAUAUACAACAUGAUGAUUAUGCAUAUAGAAGUCUUCGUAAAGAUGUAUCUGCUAACAAACCAGAGCCACUGCCAGCUUAUGGAGUGAGACCAGAUUCAAAGCUAGCUCAAAACAUGGGUUGGAUAAAUGUGGAAACUCAAACAUCACAAAACAGUCUGAACAAAUAUACUGACGAUGAGGAUGAUUUCUUUAGAACCAGAGCAGUACCAGUGAGAAGAAAUUCCUUAUCAAGAGGAAUGGCCCAGAUGGUUGAUAGGUUUGAGAACCAAAGAGGACUUCAGCAUAGUGCAAGUGCACCUGAUUUGACACAAGCAAUGGUCUUAAGUGUAGGGUUCAACUCAUUGGGCAACAUUGUCUCAGAUGAUCCCCGCUAUGAGAGAUCAGCUGUUAAACCUAGAGCUAAGAAAGAGACACCAAGAACUAUCAAACAGAGAGCUAAACAACGACAAAACAAUGCCAAGUAUAUGCAAAUGGCUACUGAGCAAGCACAUAACAAUAGUGUUGAAGGACAAAGAUAUCAAACAGACACUGUGAAAGUAACACAAGCAUCCUUACCCAGGUUGAAUCUGGCUGCUGACAGUGCCAUGUCUGAAUAUAGAGUGGUUCUGCCAGAUGACAGUGAUGAGGAAGAUAACUAUGAUGAAGAAAUAUCUGAAGAACACUUUGACCUUGUCAGAAAGGAAGAAAUUAAAGCUGGCCCUAUACCUUACAUUGAAGAAUUUAUACAAGAUGUAGCUAGUGAACCUAUAGUACAUAAAACUCCAACUAUUAGAACAAUUAAGAUGUUAAAUGAUCAAACUAAUAUAACCAAAUCUGUACAAAGCAAUAUUCAAUCAACAAGACAACCAGUCAAGUACAAAAUUGAAUCAUCAAACCUGUCCUCAAAGACUGUAUGUUCUACAACAAAUGUUACUCAUGGAACUCAGACUUACAAAUCAGUGAACUCAUGUCAAUCAAUACCUAAACCCCUUGAUAAUAACAAACCACCAAAACGUCAGCAAUCUGAUGAGGAAAGAGUAGAGAAAUUCUUAGCAGAUGAAAAAACUGGAACAGACCAAACAAAGUCAUUCAAUGAUUUGCUUGAUAUCUUUGAAAAUAUGUGCAGUAGUUUUGGUAGGUCAAGGCCUAAAAAAUCACUGCGUAAAACAUCAUCUUUUAGCAAUAUAAAACAAAUGUCAGAUAGUACACAGGAGGGUAAGGUUCAUGUGUUACGUCGCUGUGCCUCACAAGAUAAUAUAGUCUGUGAAAUACUUGUACCACCAGCAGGGACAUAUUUCAGAUCAUCACCACCCCGUGAACAUGUCAUCAGGCGAACACUCUCUCAAGAGGGCUUCACGGCUAGGUCUAUUGCAAGAAGUCGCUCUAAUGCUAAACCCCGACCCGCUUCUGCUUCAUUUGUUGCUUCUAAAUCAGUCACCCUUGAUGACUAUUCUAGUCGUAGACAAUCAGACAGUGCCAUGCGGUAUAAACUAUUGAUCAAAUCAAACUCAGAAGAUCGACCAUAUUACACAGCAGGAGGCUCCAAUGUGCAUGCAUUUGGUUCAGAGUCUAAUAUAACCACAAGCUGCUCGACUGCUUCAGAACCCCCACAGGAUCCAAGUGAAGGGACAAGUGAAUACUGAAACCAAUGGUGCAUGUCAGAAAUGUGGAAGUAUCAACCAAUGCUACGACUUUUAGAUUACUAUGAACUUUGACCUUCUAGGAUUCGUAGCUUCAUACAGUAGUUACUUUGAACGUUUAGAUAACUGUAACUAUAGUUACUUUGAACACCCAGUAACUAAGAGUGAUGUUAGCAAUAACUUCUAGUAACUAAGCCUAGUAAUCUGUAACUAUAAUCUGUAACUAUUAUAUUUACUUAAGAUGAGCUAUAAAUGUGACAUUGAAUCCAGUGUGCAACUAGAUGCCUGGCUGUAAAGUAGAGGAUUUGCUAAGGCAUGGCCUGUAUAUAGCCUAUAUGUGCCUAUACCUGCCUGUCUUUUCACUAGAUAUGAUGAUUGGAUGAACAAGGCUAUGCAUGAACCUUGCUAUAUUUCGCUGCACGUCCAAAGCCUUCUGAAGCUUCAGUGAACACCACACUUAACCUUUCAAGGCCUGACUAGCCAUCUUAUAAUAAAUGGCGAUAUAUAACAUACUUUCGUAAUAUGAAAUGGCUGAGCUGCCGGGUAAAAAUUGCAAUACUAAGGGCUAUGAGAGAAGUCUCAUGAAAGAUCAUGUCAAAUUAAUGAUGGAGAAAUACCAGGUCGAUCAAUAAGUUUAAAACUUGAGAGCUGAGAAAAAGGCUCCAAAAUCUUAUGACACUCGGAUUAUUGAUCAGCCUACCUAAAAACAGGAGUCUCCACAGUAACCAUAUUUUGUUAAUGCAUACUAGUCAAUGAACUUAGUAUUUUAAUUUGUGUGAUCAUUUGACAUUAAAAUGAAAGACAUAAUUUGAGAAAAUUAUCUCAGAACUUAUUGAGUGACCUGGUAUAUAAUGCAUUGUACAUAGAGCAAUGAUUAUACACAAAUUAACUACAAAUAUGCAAUUUAUAAAUGCUUUAUAUAAAAUAAGUUGUGUAUUUAAAAAUGUAUUUUGUAAUAACAAUAUACAAUACUACAAGAAGAGUAAUGAUUAAAUAUCAAAACUAUGUAUUUCAAAUUACCACAAUGUGUUUUUGGUACCAUGACAACGGUUCAAAGCAGAUAUAACAAAUACUCUGUAAGUGUACUGUAAUUUCUUCUGUAUUAAUAACAUGCAUGAUCUUUAUAGCUUUGUAAUAUUGGUAUAUAUAUCACUUUUCAUUAUUGUAAAUACAUAUUUUAUAACACUAUAUUCUCAAGCAAGACUAUGCAAUGUUACUUUUGUAUGUUCUGUAUAUUUGUAGACUAU